GUCACCUAAGAACUGCUGUUAGCGAAGCGCCUGAAGCAAUCUGAAAGAACAUACCUUCCAGCAGGAACCUUCCAUCAAGAUGUCAGCGAAUGACCACCCGUGGUCAGAGCAGCUACAAACUUAUACUCAUAUUUCUAGCGCAGAAGGUCUAUCUAGCAUCACAACGCUCAUCGUGGGAGGAGCUGCCGCUGCAAUCAUUGAUCCUCCAUUUCUAAUCCCCGACGCUGAGUCGGUCGUCCGAUGGGUACUGCAAACAACGAACAUCCCGGUGCGCGCAGUCUUUGUAACCCAUCAUCACCCAGAUCACUAUUUCUCUGGUGGAACUAUCCUCUCAGCUUUCCCAGAAGCCAAGUACUAUGCUGCUCCGUACGUCAGGGCCGCUCUCGACCGCGAAUAUGAUGACAAAACUACCUACUGGUCAAACAAGCUCGGGACUCACCUCGUUCCAGAGAAACCCCCUCGUCCGGAAAGCUACCCUUGGAGCUUUUUCGUCCUUGGCGGAAAUCUAGAAUCGCCAAUUGUCGUACUGGGACCGCUACAAGGAGACUCUAUUGACCACACCUUGUUCUGGCUGCCCCGGGAGCGAACAAUCAUUUGUGGUGAUGCAGUGUAUGCUCGAAGCACGCACGUGUGGGUGGGUGAUGCGUCGACACCUCAAAUCGUCCAAGCCUGGAAGAGUACCCUUGACGUUAUCGAAUCCCUCAAACCACAAAAGGUCAUCACAGGUCACCUAGAAAAUGGCUGGUCAUUCAAUGCUGCAGCCGAUCUUGCGCACACGCGCAAGUAUUUGCAAACAUUCGACCAAACCAUCAGCAGCGUGUCAACGAAACCCUCUGUGGAGAAAAUCGUCACAACGUUCCGCGAUGCCUUCCCAAAGGCAGAAAAGAAUCUGGGCUUCUUCCUGAACCAUAUGGCGAACCAAUUUGCUUCGGACGGCCAUAGGUGGGAGGAGAAUGAGCAUCAGAACGAGAAAGGACGCACAAAGGACCAAUUGGAGGGGUUUAUCGUGGGCUAGUUGCUAUAAAAUUGCC